AAAAUUCAGAUUUUCAGGUUCUAGGGUUGUUACGAAGCUGCAGGAGCGAGAUGGAGGUGGACGCACCAGGUGGUGAUGGUCAAGACGGUCCCCGGGAGCGGCAAGGCCAGAGCGAGGCAGGGAGGCAGAACCUCGAUGUGCGGCCUCAGUCCAGGGCAAACGGGCUACCUAAACACUCCUACUGGUUAGACCUCUGGCUCUUCAUCCUUUUCGACGCGGUGGUAUUUCCCUUCGUGUAUUUUUUGCCAUGACUCAUUUGGUGAUACCUAUAUUAAGAAGUUUGUUCUUGAGUGAAUUCUAAAAAUGGCUACAAAUGUCUUGAAUAAAGAAGACAGGAUUCUCAACAGAAGAAUUUCAAAUCUCCAAGGGACCCUUCCUUUCAUUUUACACUUGUUACUAAUUUGCAGAACUCUAUUAAGUUGGUAGGAUUUCACACAUUCCUCGCUAAGUUGUUAAACCCUUUGGUUCAUGUU